GGCGGCUCCGCGCUCCGCUGCCCCCGCGGCGGCUGCUGCUGCGGCUGCUGCUGCUUCUGCGGCUCCUGCUGCCGCCGCCGCCGCUUAGCCUCGGGCAGCUGCAUCCUCGGGCCGGCCGGGUCCACGCCCCACGCCCCGCCCGGCCCCGCCAUGGUGUCCUGGAUCAUCUCUCGCCUGGUGGUGCUCAUCUUUGGCACCCUGUACCCAGCCUACUCUUCCUACAAGGCCGUGAAGACAAAAAACGUAAAGGAAUAUGUGAAAUGGAUGAUGUACUGGAUCGUCUUUGCCUUCUUUACCACAGCUGAGACCCUCACAGAUAUCGUGCUCUCCUGGUUCCCUUUCUACUUUGAGCUCAAGAUUGCCUUUGUGAUCUGGCUGCUGUCCCCUUACACCAAGGGCUCCAGCGUGCUCUACCGCAAGUUCGUGCACCCGACCCUGUCCAACAAGGAGAAGGAGAUUGAUGAGUACAUCACACAGGCCAGAGACAAGAGCUACGAGACCAUGAUGAGGGUGGGCAAGAGGGGCCUGAACCUGGCCGCUAAUGCGGCAGUCACAGCUGCAGCCAAGGGCCAGGGGGUGCUGUCAGAGAAACUCCGAAGCUUCAGCAUGCAGGACCUGACCCUGAUCCGGGACGAGGAUGCGCUGCCCUUGCAGGGGCCUGAAGGCCGCCUCCGACCCAGCCCCAGCAGCCUGUUGGACACCAUUGAGGACUUAGGAGAUGACCCUGCCCUGAGUUUAAGGGCUAGCACAAACCAAGCAGAUCCCCGGACAGAGACCCCUGAGGAUGACAUGGGAGACAAGGCCCCUAAGAAAGUCAAAUCUAUCAAAAAAGUGCCCAAAGCUGAGCCUGUAGCUUCCAAGACGCUGAAGACCCGGCCCAAAAAGAAGAUCUCUGGCGGAGGCGACUCAGCUUGAGGUCCCAAAACAGCCCCCUCCCAGCCUGCAGUGAGGAGGAAGCCUCUAGAAGGGCCUCAGCCCCAGCCCCUGCUCCACACUGUACCAGUAGCCCAGGUGUCUCAAGCCCCAGGGCCCCUCAAAUGGCUGUUUCCAAUGUCUGCCCAGACCCUCUCCACUGGAAGGGCUUGGAAAAGAGAGAAGCCCUGCUGUGGGGUUGAGGGUACAGCCUGGACCAGGAACUGAGACUGAGCUUCCCAGGGGAGUGGAGGCUCCUCAGAGCCUGAACUGCUGUUCUCCCACUCCAGCCCCCACCCACCCAGUGCCUUGCUGAAGACCAUGGCCAUCCCCUUCUGUGAGGUCCUGACGUGCCUCCACUGGUCUACCUGGGUUGGGGGGGCAGAGGCAGUCACCACCCAGAUAGACCAGACAUGGGCCUGAAGGCAUCUGGGAAAGAAGGAGCCAGUGUGGGAGGCCUCAGGGAGGCUGGGCAGGGGCUCCAGGCGGCAGCUGUGAAUGGAAGACGGGCUCAGUGUGUGCUCAAGUGACCAGGACCUGGAGGCCAGAGCUGCAGCUCGGGGCAUUGGGUAGGGCUGUGUGCUACAUGUCCUCUUUAAACAGGCAGGGUUCUAGGGGUGUGCGAGAGAGAGAGAGAGAGAAAGAGAGAGAGAGAGAGAGAGUGUGUGUGUGUGUGUGUGUGUGUGUGUGUGUGUGUGUGUGUGCGUGUUUCUGGGUCAGUCUAGGGCUGGAGGAUUUGAGAUAAAGGACUUUCUCUCCAGGAAUGACCUCCUCCAACCCUUCACAUCACAGCCAACUGGCCCUUUUCCCCCAUCUCAGCACUUCUUAAGUCUUUAGCCCAUAAGUGAGUGAAGGGCCUCUCACCCUCUCUUCUUCCCUUGAUCUCCUUUUACUUCAUCCCAUUCUUGACCAGCCGGAAUCCUCCAUCCCUCAGGACCCACUGUAGAGGCCCCUGCCUAGUCGGCUCUUCUCCUUUUACAAGGGAGUCCCUCCUCCUUUCCCCCAUGGUCCUCUUCCUGUACCAAGCAGACUGGGCCCCAUGUGAGCAGACCCCUGUCAGAGCCCAGCCUUGGCCCCACUCCCUGCCCCAGCUUCUGCCGCGGCUUCAGUCAGGGCCAAGAGGAACAUGUGAGGAAGAAAAAUUCCGGAGCUGGGGGCUCCCUAUUCUGUGGAAAGAGGGUGCCCUUUGGACCUUUGGCACUGGAUGAGCCAAUAAACCAAACUCUGGCACCUCAUUUGUUUUCGUCUCUGUG